CGAUCAUCAUGGAUCGCAUGCUCCUUCAUGCAGCUUGCUGAGCUUCGCCAGCUCUUCACGCAGGCAGUCACUUUUGAUAGCGCCACGUAGUGGCAAGAGGAGUCGAUGACUGCAACGACGCCUCCCGCCAUCCGGUCCGUAUCCUUGUCACUGUGACACCCAUCCAGCGCACCUCCCAGCAACCCUCCCAGGCCGCACAAUGGCAUCGCCAGACUCAGAUGGGCACUCCUGGCACCAAGCAGGUGAGGUCAGUGAUGAGGGAGAUGGAUAUGCACGUGCACUGAGGACACCCGCGCGACACAUGCAAAAUGGACGUUUGGCGCUAUGGGACCAGAGGCCGAAUGAUGGUGCCAUGGCUGUGUACGAAGUGAACUCCACAUACCAGAUGGUCGACAGGUGAAGAAAUCACUAGAGCAACAACAGCAUUCUUCUUUUCAAUGCAAGAUUUGACCAGACACCAAAUGGGUCACGGCUACCCUUUAGACUAUCAUAACGCAUUCUUUCAUGAGGAGGGCAACACGAUCCUGACAGGCAAGACCAAAGUCAAUGGCGUCCUGCACAACGGUCAGACAGCAAGCAAGAAGGCAGUGGGGCUGUAUGUGUGCCCUGUGUGCACAUGUUCUUCCCCUUGUUUCAGUGGUGCAUGUGUUAGACGCCAGCACGGAUGUGCUCCUGGAGUGGCGCAGCAUCGAUGAUUUCAUUGACGAUGCCGAUCCCAUCUUGCCGGGGGAGCCGGAUAAUGGAGAUGUACGUGCCAGUUGCUCAUUAUAAUAGUGUCUACAUGUCUGCUUCCCCGCGUGCGUAUGCCAGGUGUAUCACAUCAAUAAUGCCGAACGGACGCCGGACGGUGAGCGCGGUCAGCAAACCGCAUAUCGUUAAACCGCAUAUCGUUGACCAGACUGUAUUUCGCCUGACGGCAGGCAAUUUGAUCAUCUCACUGCGGACCUGCAACCUGGUCUUGCUGAUCAGUGGCAAGACAGGCAGAAUCUUGUGGCGCAUGGGCGGUCGGACCAGGUACUUCACUACAGGGGGCUGAUGGUUGCUCCACGGUGUGGCUGUCCUUUUCUGUUUUCACGUAGUGACUUCACCUUCAUCGGCGAGGACAUGGAUCCUCCCUUCUUCGGCCAGCACGAUGCGCGACAGAUGGCGAAUGGGAACAUCAUCAUGUAG